AAAUGUUCAUAGAUUUAUUCAAAGGGACAAACUGCGCCGCGCUUGAUGGCACAAACUUUCCACCAAGUGAGUAACCUGCUGAACGCAGGUAACCGGAGGGGGUCGUUUGUUUGUUUUUUUAAAGCAAAGUGCUCUGACGUCACCGUGUUGGAAUAUUUUUGCGCCACUCAGCUGGUUUGGAGCUCCCAGUCCGCCCAUGUUUCCACAGAGCGCGCUGCGCUCCGCUCCGGCGCCCCAGCCGUGCGUAAUGAUCACGGAGAGCUCAGGAGCUUUAAAACAGGAUGUCGCUUCCCAGGUCAGCUCGAAGCGACCUGACACCUUCCCUGGUGCUGAGCUGAGGAGACGCGGAUCUGGAUUCCUGGGUUGUUGGGAAAUACAGCCUCCCGCCCCGUGGAGUGGUGGAAGUACUGACCUGUCAGUGUUUCUGAAGGUCUGUGUUGAUUCGGAGUCAUCUGGCAGCUCCACCGCUGAAGCAGGUGAAGUAGUUAGUCAGGAUGGGGCGCCUGGUCAGUUAGAAAACCAUGAACUGUUUGUCUAAAUGGAGAGAUGGCAUGCGUGCUCAUCUUCAGUCGACUUGUCCCGUUCUCACACCGGCUCAGAGGAACAUCACUUUGUUUCUUAUCUCUUUUUCUGUCGUUUCUGUGCUACUGCGCGCUUUUCCCCGGCGGUGCUGUCAUGCAAAAGUCAGGUGAUCCGACGCCCAGCUGUCUGCUAGCUGAUGGAGCCAAGCGGCGCCUUCAGAAAUCCCUGUCCUGUCUGUUUCCGCCGGACGCCAGGAGGAGCAGCGCUGCUGAUGAGGCGCCUCACCCGCAAGCCGACCCGAGGCGCUCCGCCGCGGCCCGCACCGGCAGGGAGAACACCCCCAGUCCUCCGAUGAGCCACCUGAAGUUCGGCAAUAAAAAGUUACCAAACGCCAUCAUAGUCGGCGUGAAGAAGGGAGGAACGAGGGCGGUGCUGGAGUUCAUCAGGAUUCAUCCGGACGUCCGAGCGGCUGGAACCGAAACGCAUUUCUUCGAUCGAAAUUAUGAUCGAGGUCUGGAGUGGUACAGAGGUUUAAUGCCACGGACCCUUGAAAGCCAAAUAACGAUGGAGAAGACACCAAGCUACUUUGUGACCAAAGAGACGCCGCACCGGAUCUCUGCCAUGUCCCAGGAAACGAAGCUCAUUGUUGUGGUGCGAGACCCGGUCACUCGAGCGAUAUCAGACUACACCCAGACUUUGUCCAAAACGCCGGACCUGCCCAGCUUCCAGGACCUGGCCUUCAGGAACCAGAGCCUGGGGAUCGUGGACGUGUCGUGGAACGCCAUCCGGAUCGGCCUGUACGCGCUGCACCUGGAGAACUGGCUGCGCUACUUCCCCCUGGCUCAGAUCCACUUUGUGAGCGGGGAGCGUCUCAUCACGGACCCGGCCGGCGAGCUGGCCCGGGUGCAGGACUUCCUCGGGCUGAAGCGCAUCGUCACCGACAAGCACUUCUAUUUCAAUCGCACCAAGGGCUUCCCUUGCCUUAAAAAGCCGGAGAGCAGCGGCUCGCCCCGCUGCCUGGGCAAGUCCAAGGGCAGAACUCACGUCCAGAUAGACAGAGACGCCAUCGAGCAGCUGAGAGAUUUCUACCGGCCUUAUAACAUCAAGUUCUACGAAAUGGUGGGACACGACUUUAAAUGGGAGUAGAUGUUUGAGACUUGAUGCUACGGGAUGCACUGCAUACAAAACGUCUACACAGCUGUUACAAUGCCAGGUUCUUAGAAAUAAUGAGUCCAAGAAAAGUAACUUCAGAACUUUUUCCACCUUCACUGUAAAACAUCAGAAGGUGGAUUAACGUGAAAAUGAAAAUGCUGCCUGGAAAAUG